CUUGGAGCAUAGAGUAUCCAGUGGCCCAGUCGCACACCGCGCCGCGAUUCGAAGACGAAGCAAUCGAAAGCUGCCCGAUCUUCUUGGACAACCACUUCGUAUUUUGCUUUAGCUCACCUCCUACCCUCCUUUGCGCCUCCGAAACCCUCCUCCUCCCUUCACUCCGGCAACAUGUCGGUCCUCCCAGCCGACGUGCAUAAUGAGCUCACGCAGCUGCUCGAUGCUCUGCAAUCAGCCGACAAUAGCGUUAGAUCUCAAGCUGAAGAGCAUCUGGCGAACAACUGGACAACUACAAAGCCUGAGAUGCUUCUGAUGGGCUUGGUUGAACAAAUUCAAGGCUCGAACGACCCUACAACACGCUCCUUUGCUGCUGUAAUAUUUCGACGGAUCGCCUCAAAAUCUCGCAAACUUCCAAAUGAUCAAACUGUCGAACUUUUCCUCUCUCUACCACAAGAGCAAGGCUACGCGAUUCGAUCGAAGCUGUUGGAGGCAUUAGGUUCCGAAUCUACAAAUGCUGUACGAAACAAAAUUGGAGACGCCGUUGCUGAGAUUGCAAGAGAAUAUUCCGAUAGCAAAUCACAAUGGCCCGAAAUUUUGGGUGUUCUCUUCACUUUAAGUAUAUCCAAGGAAGUUGGACAACGAGAAAUUGCAUAUAGAAUAUUCUCGACAACUCCUGGGAUUAUAGAGAAGCAGCACGAAGAUACUGUACUUUCAGCAUUCACCAAAGGAUUCAAAGAUGAGGAUGUCUCGGUCCGACUCGCAGCUAUGGAAGCCUUUGCGUCGUUUUUCAGAAGCAUCAAUAAGAAGAGUCAGCAAAAAUACUAUGCUCUGAUCCCCGAAGUCCUAAAUAUUCUACCUCCUCUUAAGGAGAAGCAAGAAUCAGAGGAGCUGACUCGAGCUUUGGUUUCUCUUAUCGACCUUGCUGAAGUUGCGCCUAAGAUGUUCCGACCACUCUUCCACAACUUGGUAGCCUUUAGCGUUUCAGUCAUUCAAGACAAAGAGCUCACGGACCAAGCACGCCAGAACGCUCUUGAAUUGAUGGCAACCUUUGCGGACUACGCGCCAGCCAUGGUCAAGAAAGAUGCCACGUAUACCAGCGACAUGAUCACCCAGUGUUUAAGUCUGAUGACUGACAUUGGCGUCGACGAUGACGAUGCUUCCGAGUGGAAUGCUUCUGAUGAUAUGGAUCCUGAAGAGAGCGAUCUUAACCACGUUGCGGGCGAGCAAUGCAUGGACAGAUUGGCCAACAAACUUGGGGGCUCGACUAUUCUUGCACCAACCUUCAGCUGGCUUCCUAGGAUGAUGAAUUCCGAGCAAUGGCGAGAUCGUCAUGCAGCUUUGAUGGCUAUCUCAGCAAUCUCCGAAGGUUGCAGAGACUUGAUGGUUGGUGAACUCAAUCAGGUCUUAGAACUCGUUGUUCCAGCACUCCGCGACCCUCACCCACGAGUCAGAUGGGCUGGCUGCAACGCGCUUGGCCAAAUGAGCACUGACUUCGCCGGCACUAUGCAAGAGAAGUAUCACUCAGUUGUGCUCCCAGCAAUUGUUCCAGUUCUCGACUCACCAGAACCUCGAGUUCAAGCACAUGCAGCUGCUGCUCUUGUCAACUUUUGCGAAGAAGCUGAAAAGAACAUCUUGGAACCAUAUCUGGACGAUCUUCUCACGCAUCUCUUUCAAUUACUUCAAAGCCCGAAGCGUUAUGUCCAAGAACAAGCCCUUUCUACAAUCGCUACUAUUGCCGAUUCUGCUGAAGCUGCCUUUUCGAAGUACUAUGACACUUUAAUGCCUCUACUAUUCUCAGUCCUGCAACAAGAGAACACCAAGGAGCUACGACUUCUCCGGGCUAAGGCAAUGGAAUGCGCGACACUGAUUGCCCUAGCAGUCGGAAAGGAGAGACUCGGAAACGAUGCUAUGAACUUGGUACAACUCCUGGCUACCAUUCAACAGAGCAUCACAGACCCUGAUGAUCCUCAAGCACAAUAUCUCAUGCACUGCUGGGGCCGUAUGUGCAGAGUCCUUGGUGCUGAUUUCCUUCCCUUCCUUCCAGCCGUUAUGCCACCUCUCAUGGAAUUGGCUAGCGCGAAAGCUGAUAUCCAACUCUUGGACGACGAGGAACAAGUCGAACAGGUUCAGCAAGAGGAGGGCUGGGAACUCGUACCUCUCAAAGGAAAAGUUAUCGGAAUCAAGACAAGCACUCUCGAUGACAAGCACAUGGCUAUCGAGCUUCUCGUGGUCUAUGCUCAAGUACUCGAGGGUGCCUUUGCACCAUACGUUGCGGAAGUGAUGGAAAAGAUCGCAUUGCCAGGUCUCGCAUUCUUCUUCCAUGAUCCUGUGCGUGUGGUGUCGGCGAAGUGUGUACCCCAGCUCUUGAAUUCAUACAAGAAGGCUUUUGGGAACCCCUCGGAACAGCUCGCAGGUCUUUGGAACGGCACCAUUGAGAAGUUGUUAGAGGUUCUUAGUGCCGAGCCAGCCAUUGACACUCUCGCAGAGAUGUAUCAAUGCUUCUAUGAAUCCGUGGAAGUGAUGGGCAAGAACUGCCUCUCACAACAACAUAUGGAGACAUUCAUCGACUCAGCAACUUCCGCUCUCGAAGACUACAAGGACCGUGUGGCCGCCAGAGCAGAAGAGAGAGAAGAGGGUGGCCAAGAAGAAGGAGAGGAAGAGUCUGAGGAUAUGCUCUUUGCCAUUGAAGAUGACCAAACCCUGUUGUCGGAUAUGAAUAAGGCCUAUCACUGCAUCUUCAAGAAUCACGGCGUGUCGUUUCUCCCAUCUUGGGAACGCCUUCAUGCCACUUACGAGCAAUUCCUCAAGAGCCAAGACCCGACUCAGCGACAAUGGGGCUUAUGUAUUAUGGACGACGUUCUCGAGUUCUGUGGCGAGGAGAGCUGGAAGUACAAUAGCUAUAUCAUCGAGCCUCUUGUGGCCGGAUGUAGAGACCCAGCUCCCGCGAAUCGUCAAGCAGCUGCGUACGGAAUAGGUGUCGCUGCACACAAGGGUGGACCACAAUGGUCGCAAUUCCUUGGACCAGCAACAGAGCUCCUCUUCCAAGUUACACAAUUCCCAAAUGCACGAGGAGAUGACGAUGUCUACGCAACUGAGAAUGCAUGUGCAGCAAUUGCUAAGGUGUUGCACUACAAUCCAGCGAGCGUACCUAAUCAACAACAAGUCAUUGUGCAAUGGCUUGAUACUCUACCGGUUGUGAACGAUGAGGAGGCGGCUCCAUAUGCCUACGCCUAUCUUGCGCAGCUCAUCGAUCAACAAAAUCCAGCCGUGGUGUCCCAAGCUGGCAAGGUGUUCAUCUUCAUUGCUCAAGCUCUGGAGGCCGAGACUUUACAAGGCCAGACGGCAACUCGAAUCGUGGCCGCUGGUAAGGCGCUGCUCCAGGGUGCGGGUCUCGAUCCAGCUGCGCUGCUGCAACAACUCUCCCCAGAGACACAGCAGACCGUUCGUGCCUAUUUCGGUUGAUUGGAUCUACACGAGCGUGAACCAGGAGGGCAUUGCAGGAAGGAUGAGAGCGGGACAGGGUGGCACUUUCGGGAAAUGGGCGGGACGGCACAAUACAAGAUUGAUGAUAGAAUGAUCCGAUUUGAUACCACAGUCACACAGGCCUUCGUUUUUUCCUUUGUUUUCUGGAG